UGUCUGGUGACGUUUCAACACUCGACUCGCUCUGAAGUCUCCAGGGCCGAGGCCUAUGGACUUUUUGUUGCUAUUAAAAUUUCCACCCAAUGUCCAUGUUUUUGUGCCCGUUUUGAGCGGGGUCUAGACCAUAUGAGGUAUUUUCGCUGGGGGUAGACAGCAGAAGAAAAGCACAACAGUUGGAAAAGACAGUUAUUAGUAAUAGUUACUUACGCCAACGCGAGGAAACAAACAUUACAAAAGAUGACAUCUCGGAGGUGGUUCCACCCCAACAUCACAGGGGUGGAGGCUGAGAACUUGCUUCUGACCCGAGGGGUAGAUGGGAGCUUCCUGGCCCGACCAAGCAAAAGCAAUCCCGGAGACUUUACCCUGUCUGUUAGGCGUAACGGGGCGGUGACCCACAUUAAGAUCCAGAACACGGGGGACUACUAUGACCUGUACGGUGGGGAGAAAUUUGCCACCCUGGCUGAGCUGGUUCAGUACUACAUGGAGCACCACGGCCAACUCAAGGAGAAGAACGGAGACGUCAUCGAGCUCAAGUACCCCCUUAACUGCGCUGACCCAACCUCUGAGAGGUGGUUCCAUGGUCACCUGUCAGGCCGGGAAGCUGAGAAGCUGCUGACAGAGAAGGGGAAAAACGGUAGCUUCCUGGUCCGAGAGAGCCAGAGCCACCCCGGAGACUUUGUUCUGUCGGUCCGCACCGGCGACGACAAGACGGACAGCAGCGACAGCAAGCCCAAGGUCACACACGUCAUGAUCCGCUGCCAGCAUGACCUGAAGUACGACGUAGGCGGAGGAGAGAAGUUUGACUCCCUGACGGACCUGGUGGAGCACUACAAAAAGAACCCCAUGGUGGAGACCCUCGGCACGGUGCUGCAGCUCAAACAGCCCCUGAACACUACUCGUAUCAACGCAGCGGAGAUUGAGAGUAGAGUAAGAGAACUCAGUAAACUGGCCGAGGCCACGGACAAGGUCAAGCAAGGCUUCUGGGAGGAGUUUGAGACUCUGCAGCAACAGGAGUGUAAGCUGCUCUACAGCCGCAAAGAGGGACAGAGAGCUGAGAACAAGAACAAGAACCGAUACAAAAACAUCCUGCCCUUUGACCACACCCGCGUGGUGUUGAACGAUGGGGACGGAUCGGAGGCUGGUUCUGACUAUAUCAAUGCCAAUCUCAUCAUGGUAGUAACUGACAUUAUGCCGGAGUUGGAGUCCAAGUGUAACAGCACCAAGCUGAAGAAGUCAUACAUCGCCACACAGGGCUGUCUACAGAACACCAUCAGCGACUUCUGGAGGAUGGUCUUCCAGGAGAACUCCCGGGUCAUCGUCAUGACUACCAAGGAGGUGGAGAGGGGAAAGAGUAAGUGUGUGAAGUACUGGCCUGACAUGUCCGCUCUCAAGGAAUACGGAGCCAUGCGUGUCCGCAACGUCAAAGAGACGUCCGCUCACGACUACAUCCUACGGGAACUGAAACUGUCCAAGGUCGGACAGGGUAACACAGAGAGGACAGUGUGGCAGUACCAUUUCAGAGCGUGGCCGGACCAUGGCGUCCCUACAGACCCUGGCGGUGUCCUGGACUUCCUGGAAGAGGUCAACAUCAAACAAGAGAGCAUUCUAGAGGCUGGACCCAUAGUGGUACACUGCAGCGCUGGCAUUGGGCGGACAGGAACGUUCAUAGUGAUAGACAUCCUCAUUGAUGUCAUCAGGGAGAAAGGAGUGGACUGUGAUAUCGACGUCCCCAAGACCAUUCAGAUGGUCCGAUCCCAGCGGUCUGGGAUGGUGCAGACAGAGGCCCAGUACAGGUUCAUCUACAUGGCUGUCCAGCACUACAUAGAGACAUUGCAGAGACGUAUAGAGGAAGAGCAGAAGAGUAAGAUAAAGGGGAGGGAGUAUACCAACAUUAAGUACUCUCUGUCUGAUCUAACUGGUGGAGACCAGCUGCAGAGCCCUCUACCUCCCUGCACUCCCAUACCCACCCCCACCUGCACAGAGAUGAGAGACGACAGCUCCAGAGUGUAUGAGAACGUGGGUCUGAUGCAACAGCAGAAGAGCUACAGAUGAGAUCCACUCAUGCGCCCCCUCCACGCCGCUCCAGUCCGAGGAAUCUACUUCUUUUUUUUUUUUUGCCCACCUGCACCUGAACGCCUAAGACCUGAUCACCAUUACUACAUGGAAAAGAAGAAAAACAAAUCAAAUAAGGAAAAAUAAAAUGUUGGAGAGAGUUCUAUGGGAGAACCAAGACUAAUGGAGGGUUUUUUGUUCUAUUCCUCUUUCUCUCCUCCUCCCCUGAUCUCUCUCCAGGAACAGUUACCCUAGACUCCUUCUAAACCACUGUGAUCAUCUGGAGAGCCCUAACAAGCUUAAUGACAGAACUUAAUAUCAAGCUUAAAACCCUAAACUAAACCUCAGCCUGAGUUUUGACCAGACCCAGGCUGAGACUAGCAGCACUAUGCUCCCUGCUCAGCAGAGGGAGAACAACCUAGCUAACCAGUUGUUUGUCUUUGUUCCACUUCUUUUUUUGCCAUAAAUCCUUCUCUCUUAUUUCUUAUUAACCAAAGUAAAGAAACGUGUAGAUAGUUUGUUUAUGGAAAAGUACUAAGAUGAGUUAGCCCUUCUCUGAGUUGAGAAAGAUGGCAUGUGCCAAAAAACAAAAUGGUUUCACUCAACAUCUCAGCCAAUCAGUGCUUUCCUCUGCCUGGUUAAACCAUCUUUUCACAGGAAGAUGGGGGGAACCUGUUUGCAGAGAAAAAAAAAAGGGAUAUUUCCAGGUCUAAUGUGGAGUAUCAUGUUUUGUAUGAUGUAUUCUGUUACUGAAGGAAGAUUUUUGGGUAUUGUAGUGAAGAGUUUUUUUGUUGUUGUUGUUUGUUUUUAUCCUCACCUUUGCAAAAUGGUCUCAAGAAUUACUAUUCAGGAAGUUGGGGGGUUUAUUUGUUUUGCCUUUUUAAAUACAUGUUUCUUUUAUGUAUUUGUUCCAAUUUUUCUUUUGUUUUUUUUUGCCUCACUAUGUGAUAGUCCGACUCCCAUGGUUACCAUUCCCAGAUUCAUACCCGAUGUCCUUAACGUUCCAACAGUAACGUAACGGCUACAGCCCAAGCCUUGUACCCUGGGUGGAGAUGGCGGUUGGAACUCUGUUACCCAGGGUGCCUUGUGGUCCCACUAAGCACUAAAGUGGGGUCCGAGGGUUGUUGAUCAGUCAAUCGUUUCUGAUGGGUAGUUGGGGUAGCUUCAUCCAAUACUGUCUAUAAGUACAGUUAUGUUGACAACUGUAAUAAGAGUUGUCUACAGCACAGGCCGUAGCGGAUGAUGCUAGAGCUUGCCUCACAGGUUUCACUGUGUUAAAGUUGCCGGUACUAUGGAAACUGUCAGAGUUUCUGGGGUAACUUGUGAUUUAUGACAGUCCACCUAGCAACAGGCUUCUCAACUGAAGCAAGUCUGGCAAACAAAAACGUUUUUCACUUUUUUUAACAUCGUAUUGAAAUGUUUUUUUUUAUUUUUUAUGAAUGCCUAUUGUGUACUUUUCAAGCACCACAUGAACUUAAUUUUGUCUUUUGAGAAGCUACCGCACAUUUCUGAUCUCUGGCAAUUUUAGUAUUCAUUGUCGUGGUUGUCAUGCAAACUACAGGCCCACUGUUGACUUGCUGGAUUUGACUUGAUAUGUUAAAAGGAGUGCCCAGCCGUAAAGGUCACACACACACACACACACACACGCACACGUCAGGUGCAAUGCCUUUGUUCGCAAUUUAUUUCCUGGAUGGACAUGUAGUUUUCAGUGUCCCAGUGUUUUUGUAAGGAGCAUCACACUAAACCAUAUUACUUUCUCCACCUGUUCUCCCUUAUGGAAGUGCUUAUUGUCAAUUACAGUAUUUGGGAAAGGAUUGUUCCCAGGUGUAUACAUUUUAAUUGAAUAUAUGAUGUUUUGUAUGUACUUUAUCAUGGCAAUAAUGUAUCUACCCACUUCAUUUCAAAUGUGUAGCAUAACGUUAGCUUUUUUGCCAACACCCUUCUACACACUUAGCUACUCUUUACAAGUCUUUGUUUGGCAUUGCACCUUGUUUCCUAUGUAUUGCAGGGCACUGUUUCUGUGCAGAGACUUGAGGCUAACAGUAUUGGCCUGUAAGGGGGAUAGGAUGCCAGUUCUAAUCAUCUCUUUGGUUAAUGCACAGAGGGUUCAGAGGUUGUUCGGAGGUCGUCCCCUUCAUCUGUAUGUCCAGAUGAUGCUUUCUCUCUCCCUCCUUUUCCCCAAUGUGAGCAACUUUAUUAAUUCUCUCUUUUGGAUUUAAAGUAUUAAAUUGGUCUGUGUAAGUUUCCUGUCCUAGCAACAAGGGAGGUCAUUGCUAUUCUCUGGGGCUCCAGGUACAAGUUACCCUAAAAAGCACUGAUCUAGGAUCAGCUUUGCCGCUCCAUGACCUGACUGUAACCAUUUGAGAGAAACUUUUUAAAACUGACUUCAGAUUAGUGUGGAAGGGCAAUUUCAUCCUUUUCUGGGUUGUGAGUGUAUCAGAGCAGUUGUUGUUUGUUUCUCUGCCGGCUGGAGACCCUCCACUGACUGAGUUAAGGGUCCAUAGGAUCCAAUAUAUUGUGUGUAGUGUGUCAGGUCAUUGUACUGUACAGUGAGGCGUGCGUGCGUGUGUGUUGAACACUAGCCUGUGGUGUGCUUACGGUGUGUUAUGUGUCAUGGUCUGUUAAGAUGUGUGUAUUGAUUGAAAGGAAGCAAGGAUGUGUGUGUGUGUGUGCGCGUGCAUGCGUGUGCGUGCAUCCAGAGAAUACUGCUGUUUCAGCUACCUGCUCUUUGAUGCCUGGUCUUCUCUUAAUUCUGUUGUUGUUUUCCUCCAAUCAUGGUGAAACGGCUUCUUAUCUUGUUUCCUAUGUCUGUCACGUAAAGCAUAAACAUGCUUCAAUGUGCCUCCCUAUUCAUAUGCAUUAUGUGGUUUGUUGAAAAACUCUUCACUCUCACCUUCAUACUUAAGUACAACCGGUAAACACUUUAAUGUGAACUCUGUCAACCUGACGGCAUACAAAAAGGAAAAAUGUUGAACUCAAUGCAAACAAACUAUAUUUUUUAACUUGUAUAUUGUACAUGAAUAUCUUGUAGAGGAGAAUGUACUUACUAAACAUAUCUAAUUGCCAAUAAGAUAUACUGUCUGUGUAAUCCAUUAGCUCCUUACUCCGUGUCAUGGAGUUAGAGCUUCUCAUAAAGCUUAAGAGGUUUAUCGUAUUGUAUUUCAAUGCAGGUAACCAUGGUAACUGCCCUGAUCACAAUAAUAAACGGCAAGCUCGUGCCUCACA